AUGCAGGAAAACACAAUUAUUCAAUACAUUUUAAUAAAUAAGGAAAUUUUAGAUAAAAAAUGGCCAUUAGGAUCUAUAAUAGCUCAAGCUUGCCAUGCAUGUGUAGCAGUAAUAGCAGAAAACAUUGAUGACAAUAUAGUAAAAGAGUAUUUAUCACCGGAAAAUAUAAAUAAUAUGCAUAAAGUUAUAUUGAAAGUUGAAAAUACUGAAGAACUUAAAAAUUUAUCAAGUAUCUUAGAUAAAGAAUCCUUCAAAUACAAAAUAUGGACUGAGUAUCCAGAAAAUAUUUUGACUGCUUUGGCUUUAAAGCCGUAUUAUAAAAAUACAGUAAGAGAUUAUUUCAAAAAAUAUCAGCUUUUAAAAAAAUUAUAA